CAUGGCACCACAAAGAAGAAAUUGCUGCAAGUCAUCAACUCUUAUUUUUACUAUCUUCUCGGUAUGGAGGUGACAGCUGCGCGCCGGUCCUUUCUUUGUGAUAUCGGUUUCUGGGCAGACCGGACUUCCCUGCAUGAAGCAGCGUCCCAUGGCAGGGCCCUACACUUAAAACAACUGAUAGAAACUGGAGCUUCGGUCAACAUGGUGACGGUGGACAACAUCACUGCCCUACAUGAAGCUUGCAUUCAGGCUCAUCCAAACUGUGCCAGGCUACUGCUGGAGGCUGGAGCACAGGUGGAUGUACGUACUAUUCAUGGCAGUACUCCUCUCUGUAACGCCUGUGCCUCUGGUAGUCUGGAGUGUGCCAAACUGCUUUUGGAAUAUGGCGCUGAAGUUAAUCCUUCCCUGACAGCUCUCACAGCUUCGCCUUUACACGAAGCCUGCAUCCAAGGUAACAUAGACGUGGUGAAGCUGAUGAUAGCCAGUGGUGCACAGCUGGAGGCGUAUGAUGUCCACUUUGGUCCACCGCUUCACAUUGCGUGUGUUAAAGGACGUGUGGACUGUGUCAAGGAGCUGUUGCUUUCAGGUGCCAAUGUGAAUUCAGUGAAGUUCCAUGAGACGGCUUUGCACCACGCAGCACAGCUUAACAUGGUGAACAUGACUGACCUGCUGGUGCAGUUUGGUGCCAAUGUUUAUGCAAGUGACAACCAGGGAAAAAGACCUGUCGACUACACAACAGCUGCUUCUCCGUCUCAUACCUGCCUCAAGUUCUAUGAAAGUCAUCCCCUGAGCCUGCAGCAGCUUUGUAGGAUCACCCUCAGGAAGAUGCUGGGUACUAGAGCCUCAGAAGUCAUAGGUCAACUUGACACAUCCCAUCACAUCCGCAGCUACCUCCAGUAUUCUGAUCAUCCCACUCCAGUGUAGAUUGACCCAUGACUCUUCAAGAGAGACUGGUGUUUACUUUGAAAUAUGCUUAAAAACAGGUUAAUGUGUCCCAAAGUCAUGUCCGUGCACUUCAGAAACUCUGCAGUUAAAAGCAAAAUUUAGCCCUGAAGUGGCUCGUUUGAAAUGUCUGCGUUGUAAGAAGGGUCUUAUUUUUAUUUGGUCAUAUGAAAACAUCAUGAUCAAGCCUCAAAGCACAUUUAUCAUUGAUGAUUACUGUAUGUGAGAAAUCCUUUCUUGC